AUGGAAACAGUACGAUCUUGUGGUUGCAAGGGAAUAAGAUCUUGUCUUCUCUGCGAAACUGAACAUAAGAUUCAUAUAUCAUACAAAGUUACCGUUUUAUGUACAAGAUAUGAAUAUUGUCCAAACUGUGACAAAUCAUGGCCUGGUUGGGAUGCUGAUCUUUACAAAAAUCAUCCGUAUCAUCGAGGAACUGCCAUAGAAUUUCCUGGUGUAUAUAUAAAGACAUGGCGAAAUAGUACUUAAACAUCUAUAUCGUAUUAUAUUUCUGUAAUUGUUUGGCAAAUUUAGUUAUACAAUUAUUUUAAUUGUCAGGUACAACUUGAAAGAAAGUAUUUUAUAACAUAGGUAAAAUAGAAUAUAAUGAAUGUGAAUUUUAUUGCAUUAUUUACAUAAUUACUAGAUUCUCUUCUAUAUUCUUUAUAGGUACAAAUGGGAACAUUGCGUUUUAAGAGAAGAUAUAACUUCUAAGCGAAUUUGUUUGGAUUAUCGCGAAUUAACUCCUCCAUAUUUAUGCACCUCAAGAAAUAAUGAAAUAGUCAAAGAACUCUUAAAGAGAGUUUCG